CUCUCUCCCUCCUCCUUCCUCUUCGCUUCUCCUCUCUCUCUCUCCUCCGUCGGUUCCUCUCUCGGCCGCCGUCGCCGUCGACGGAGAAGGAGUCUGGCCAACUAGAAUCGCGAACAGGACUCGUAGAUCCUUGCGCGUCACGAGAUCGAACGCAGCUCGCCGGAGAUAUCUCUCGCUCAGUGGCUAUCGUCGGCCGUCGGGUUUAACGCCGGCGGUGACGGAAGAGAGGAGAGGGAGAGACUGAGUGAAGAUAGGGACAAGAGUGUAAAAACAAUUGUGUAAAACCUGUUAUAAUUUUCUAAUCUUCAAAAUACCUGCCAUAAUUUUUUACUCUCCCGCUCUCUCGCACCACUCUCUCUCUCCCCGCCUCGUCUCCCUCGGCGGCGUCAGAUUUCUGUCUCUUUCUCUCUCUCUCUCCCUCUCUCUCUCUCCAGAUCGAACAAGCUUUUACCUCUUAAGAGGAUGAUCUCCGCAAGGAGUCGAUCGAUGCGGGCGUAAACAACCUUCAUUUGUGUAAAGGUCAAGAAGAAUUCUCAUGGUGUAUCCUAGAUGGCGUGGCUUAUCAUUAUCAGUUCUGUUAUUGUAGUUUGGGUAGCUUCUCUUGUCAAAAUUCUCCAUGGCUCUUUCUCAUCUUCAAAGGAUGAUUUUUUCUCUAAUGGUGGCACUUUUAACAAGACAAGAAGGAAUGUUUUGCUGGUUGUUGCCCACCCAGAUGACGAAUCUAUGUUCUUUUCUCCAACAUUUAGCUACCUCACUUCCAGAGGGUAUAAUCUUCACGUAUUAUGCUUGUCCAUUGGUGAUGCUGAUGGCAAGGGAAAUAUUAGAAAAUAUGAGCUUUACCUGGCCUGUGCAAUUCUUAAGGUUCCAGGACAACAAGUGAGGUGUUUAGACCAUGCAGAACUUCAGGAUGGUUUUGGGAAAGUUUGGAGCCAUGAUUUAUUGGCCACGAUUAUUGAAGAAGAAGUUGCAAAACAUGGUAUUGACUUGAUCAUUACAUUUGAUGAUUAUGGUGUUUCUGGUCAUUGUAAUCAUCGUGACGUUCAUCAUGGGGUACGGAAGCUCUUACAUGAUACUUCACAACAAGAUAUUGAAGCUUGGGAACUUGUCAGCACCAACUUACUACGCAAGUAUAGUGGACCAGUUGAUAUAUGGUUGUCCUAUUUAUGUGCCUUGCGAUGCUCAAGUGGAGUGACGCAUUGCUUCAUAAACGAACACCCUCGAAAGAGUUUCCUCGCGAUGGCACAACAUUCAAGCCAAUGGGUCUGGUUCCGCAAGCUUUUUGUGGCACUUUCGAGCUACACUUAUGUGAACACGCUUAGAAGAAUCGACUAAAUGUGCCAGGAAUGGGCAAAGACGAAAUUAUUGUUCGAGUCCUGUUGACACUAAUCUUGGGAUAACAUGAGGGUUGGGGAGGUUUAAAGGAGAGGGAAGGGUUUGCUUAUUUACUACCCAUUACGUGUUACCUUUGAAUGGCAAAAAAUGGGGGGAAAAACAAAUAAGAAGUAUACUGCAAUAGUCAUUAUUUUCUCAUAGGAAACAAGUAUUGACAUAACAUGGAAAAUUUCCAGCAACUAGGGAGUACUUCUUUGGUAUAUUCUUAUAGAAGUACUGAAGUGGAGAAUACGUGACCAUUUGAAUUU